AUGGAAACAGCCACGGACAGCAGAUCUGGCUACGGCCUUGUCGCCGACACGGUCACCGGCCGCGACCGCGACUGGUCGCGCUUGCCGGAGGAUCUGCUGGUAAGCGUCCUUGGAGCACUGCCCGUGGCGGAAACCAUCCGCUCGGGCGCCGUAUGCGCAUCGUGGCACGCUGCGUACGUCGCGUUCCGUCGGCUCCGCCUUCCGUCACCGAAGCAGCCCCCUUGUCUGCUCUACGCUUCCGACGCCGUCGCACCCGGCGCCGCCGCGCUCCACUACCCGGCCACCGGCGCCACGCUGCAGAUCCCCUUCCCGCAGGCCCCGCUCGCCUGCCGGCCCCUGCUGGGCUCCGGCCACGGCUGGCUGGUCACCGCCGACGAGGCCUCCGACCUGCACCUUCUCAACCCCGUCACCGGCGCCCAGGUCGCGCUCCCGCCCAUCACCGCGCUCCACCAUGUCGAGAGCGGCACGGACGAGGAUGGCGACCCCGCGUACCUCGUCUACGAGAAUCUGCCGGAUUACAAUUACAGCAUGAGCCGGUUCGAGGUGGACACGGAGCCGACUAUCCUGGGGAAGGACGAGGCGCACGAGUGCAUGUACUUCCGCGUCGUGCUCUCGGCCAGCCCGUCCGCCGGGCGCGCCUGCGUUGUGGUGCUCCUGCACAUGCCGCACGGCGAGGUCUCCUUCGCCAGGCUCGGUGACGACUGUUGGACGUGGGUCGCAACGGGAGACGACACGGGUCUCCCGUCGAGGUACGGCUACGGUGACGCCAUGUACAGUGCCACCGAUGGCUUGUUCUACCUGCUCCGGUUCGAUGGCUCCAUGUGCAGCUUGGACCUUAACGGACCUUCGCCGGUGGCACGAAAGAUCCUCGACAGCUUGCCGAAAUCUGCCGACUCGACCAAAUACCUCGUUGAGACGCCGGCCGGUGACAUCUUGCAAGUUUGGAGGUCGAGGGACUAUGUCGACUCGCAGAUACCAGCGGAGUAUCCAGCAGACUAUGUGGACGACAGCAUGGUCGGUCGGGACCCGUGUUUGGAGCUCAACACGUUUGAGAUGCAGCUGUACAAGGUUGACCUCCAUGGACGCAGGGUGGAGCUGAUCAAGAGCCUGCCGGAGUAUGCAUUGUUUCUUGGCUCCAGUGGCUCUAUGUGCCUACCGGUGAAGGAUUUCCCUGGGUUAAAGCCGAACUGUGCUUACAUGACUGACGACUUCAUGGAGAUGGCUGCCACGCUGGCAUCCACUCGCUGCUGCCUCGCCUCGCACUCCCUUCCUCCCUCGCUCCGUGACCUCCAUGCCAUUGGUGAGGAGAAUGAUGGCGGUGGCUUCCGGCGAGCCGCUCCUGCCUCCCUACCUGCCUUCCUCCCUCGCUCCACGACCUCCAUGCAACCAAAAAGGAGGGUGAUGGUGGUGGCUUACGGCAAGUCAUUUUCUUGCAAUGUUGUAGUAGAUUUUGUUCCAUGGGACAGCGUGGACCUUGGGGUCGACAACCCAUACGACAACGUCAUGGCGCCAGCUGCAGAAGACACAGAGGUGCUCGGGAUCCGGCGACCAAGCAUACUGCAGUGUGAGCAGCGGUAG